AUGGAAAUGGUGCUUUCUCGAAGAUUUAUAUCCGUAAUCGCUUUCCGAUCAAGGAAUUCUGCGAAAGUGUACAGAGGUUCCACUUCUGGGUUUAUGGGGAGUGACGAAUUAUGCACCGCUCCUAGUAAGGAGAAACUUCAAGAAGAAAAAGCCCAGUGGAAAGGUAGAGCCGAAAGAUAUGAAGUUGAAGUUCACAAGAUUGCUAGAGAACGUGAUACAGCUACUGAAGAUCUAGCAAAGUUACACCAGGAGCAUAAGAGGCUAUGUGUGAGGGAAAGAGCCAAAGGGAUAACCAUUACCGAGCUGACUGAGGAAAAUACAAGAUUGAAGCAAGAUUAUUUGAGCGGGCUAAGUCAAAGGUUGGAAGAACAAGGAGAUCGCAUCGCUGCACUGCAUAAGUUCAAGGUACCAAAAUUUGAAAAAUAUGAUGGUACAAAGUGCCCCAAAACCCAUAUCACCAUGUAUUGCAGGAAGAUGGCAGCUCAUGCACAGGAUGAGAAACUCUUGAUGCAUGUUUUUCAAGACAGUCUUACUGGUUCUGCGGCCAGAUGGUAUGUUCAACUGGACAGGACUCGCAUUCGCUCUUGGAGCGAUAUGGCGCAUGACUUUAUCAGUCAAUACCGACAUAUCAUCGAUUUGGCUCCAGAUCGUUUGUCUUUACAGAAUCUGGAGAAAAAGACAAACGAAUCUUUUAAAGAGUAUGCCCAGAGGUGGAGAGAUAUUGCUUCUCAGGUACAGCCUCCUCUGACCGAGAAAGAAACUACAGUGCUAUUUGUUAGCACUUUAAAACCUCCCUAUUAUGAAAAGAUGAUAGGGAAUGCAACAAAGAAUUUUGCCGAUAUGGUAAUUUCAGGAGAAAUCAUUGAAAGUGCCAUCAAGAAUGGCAAGCUAGAAGGGAAUGAAGCAUCUAGCAAAAGAAUCCCAAAGAAAAAAGAAACUGAAGCUCAGGCUGUGAGCUUUGAUAGACAGCAACUUAGGGGUUAUUCGCCCUACCCCCCACCAGAAUAUCUGCCCUAUCACCCCACUGUAAAUAACACUUCUUUUCACCCAUACCAACCACCAUACCCCCAAACCUAUCAAACCUCUCAUAGACCCCAAAACACCAUGUACAGUUCUAACAUUCAACCCACCCCAAAACCACAAAUUCGCCCAACUAACCCUGCUGGUGGCUCGCGGGAGCAACGAACCACUCGCGAAAGACCUAUUUUUGACCCUAUUCCCAUGACCUAUACGGAAUUAUACAAGGAGCUCUACAACAAUCAUUUGAUUGCUCCAAGUAAAUUGGAACCCCUCAAGCCACCUUACCCUAAGUGGUAUGAUCCCACUGCCCACUGUGACUACCAUUAUGGGGAUGGGAUGAUUUGCUUUGAUACUGGAGGGAUGACUGCACCAAAUGUUAGUGGCAAUCCUUUGCCAAAUCAUAAUGUGAAUGCUAUAGGUGAAGAGCAUGAGCGCCAUGUGAAGAAAGAAGUGGUAGAUAUUAAGACACCUCUCGAUCAGUUGUUUGAUGUCUUACGAAAGGCAGACAUGAUGCAACUGGUAAGUCCACACAGCUAUCAUGGAGCAUAUAUAGCUGGUACUAGUUGUAAGUAUCAUAGUGGGGCAAGAGGCCACUCCAUUGAGACCUGUAAACAAUUUCACCGAGAGGUGCAAAAACUCCUGAAUUCACAUCAGAUAGAGGUCUACGAAGAAAAAGAAAGCUUGAAGAAUGCUGAGGUGUGCAUGAAUGAUAGGCCUGAAAAGCUGUUUCCCAAACCAGUGACAAUUCGGUGUGGAAACAAACCAAAAUCAGUCAUAGACAAGCUCCUCCCUAGGCCGGUAACUUUUAAAGUCCCAACUCCUUUCCCAUACAAAGAUGAUAAAGCUGUACCCUGGAGAUAUGGAUGUGACGCUGUAGUGCAGGGGCAAAAAGAAGAGGUCUCCAAAGCCGAUGCUUCUAACAUUACUGGUGUAGGAGGCAUUACUCGAAGUGGGAGAUGUUACACCCCAGAAAUGCUAGAGAAGGCUAGAAGAGAGAAGGCUAAAGAAGGAGAAAGACGAAAUAAUCCAGAGAUAGAGCCUGAAGAAGAUCAGCCAAAGCCAGUAUCAGAAAGGGAGGUUUGUGAAUUCCUGAAGCUGGUAAAACAUAGUGAAUAUUCAGUUGUGGAACAGUUGAAUAAAAUGCCAGCUCGAAUCUCAUUGUUAUCACUGUUGCUGAAUUCAGAGCCACAUCGAAAUGCCUUGCUGAAAGUGUUGAAUCAGGCAUACGUGGCACAUAACGUGUCUGUCGAAUAUGUGAAUCACUUGGCUGGAAACUUAGUCAUGCCAAAUCACAUUUCAUUCAGUGAUGAUGAGAUUUCUUUGGAGGGAAAGAGAAAUGCUAAGGCCUUGCAUAUCACAGUAAAGUGCCAGAGCCAUAUCAUAGCUAAAGUCCUUAUCGAUAAUGGUUCUGCCAUCAAUGUCAUGCCUAUGUCAACUUUGGCAAGGCUACCCAUCGAUUAUUCUCAUAUGCGAGAUAGUCAGAUGAUUGUGAGAGCCUUUGAUGGAACCAGAAAAGAAGUCCUGGGGGAUAUUGAGAUGCCCUUACAAAUUGGGCCGUGCACCUUCAAUAUAAAAUUUCAAGUGAUGGAUAUCUCUCCAUCCUACAGCUGUCUGUUAGGAAGGCCAUGGAUUCACAUGGCAGGAGCUGUACCCUCUACUUUGCAUCAGAAGAUCAAAUUCAAUGUGAAAGGUCAAUUAGUAGUGGUAGUUGGGGAGGAAGACAUGCUAGUGACCCAACCAUUGAACACUCCAUAUGUAGAGGCUGCCGAAGAAGCAUUGGAGUGCUCCUAUCGAUCUUUUGAAUUGGUCAAUACUGUAGGUGAAGGAUUUCAAAGUCAGCCUUUUUCAAAGAUAGUGGUGAGCCAAGUCAUCAACAAAGGCUGGUGUCCAGGACUUGGGCUAGGCAAAAAUUUGCAGGGAAUUAAAGAACCUCCGACAAUAGCGGACAAUAGCGACAGGGCAGGCUUAGGAUACGAGAUGGCAGAGUGGGAAGUCAAAAGAAGGCCAUCAAGAAAGACAGCAAGACUGAUGUUUAUCCCACAAUUGUACGAAACCUUCAGACCUGGAGGAUUUAUGAACCCAGAUGCAAAGAAAAGUGUGGAAGAGGACUUUGCCCAGUUAGCCAUUAAUGCUGUUGAAGAUGAAGUGGGCUCAACAAAGAAGAAUGGGUUCGCCUUUAUGAGGAUGAUUGAACAAGAGAAUAAGCCAAUUGAGCCUUAUCAGGAGGUAGUGGACUUAGUGAAUCUGGGAGAUGAAGAAAAUAAGAAAGAGGUUAGAAUGGGCACUUCACUUCCAUCUGGAGAUAGGCGACGGUUGGCAGACCUACUUCAAGAAUUUAUAGAUAUAUUCGCUUGGUCUUACCAGGAUAUGCCAGGACUGAGCACAGAGAUAGUGGAGCACAGAUUGCCCCUAAAGUCAGAAUGUAAGCCCGUUCAGCAGAAACUGAGACGGAUGAAGCCCGAAAUGCUGCUAAAGAUUAAAGAGGAGGUGAAGAAACAAUUUGAUGCAGGUUUUCUGCAAGUGGCCAAGUAUCCAGAAUGGGUAGCCAAUAUAGUCCCAGUUCCUAAGAAAGAUGGAAAAGUACGAAUGUGUGUAGACUAUCGGGAUUUGAAUAAGGCUAGCCCAAAGGAUAACUUUCCUUUACCUCAUAUCGACACACUGGUAGAUAACACAGCUAAGCAUUCGAUUUUCUCCUUUAUGGAUGGUUUCUCGGGGUAUAAUCAGAUAAAAAUGGCUGCAGAUGAUAUGGAAAAGACUACUUUUGUGACCAUGUGGGGAACUUUCUGCUACAAAGUCAUGCCUUUUGGGUUAAAGAAUGCUGGGGCAACAUAUCAAAGGGCUAUGGUAACACUCUUUCAUGACAUGAUGCAUAAAGAGAUUGAGGUGUAUGUAGACGAUAUGAUUGCAAAGUCUUGUGAGGGUGAAGAUCAUGUUACUAGCCUCAGAAAGUUAUUUGAGAGGUUAAGGAAAUUUCAGCUCAAAUUAAACCCAGCCAAGUGCACCUUUGGGGUAAAGUCAGGGAAGUUGCUAGGCUUUGUGGUCAGUGAAAGAGGAAUUGAAGUUGAUCCCGAUAAGAUACAGGCCAUCCAAAAUUUGUCACCUCCCAGCACGCCAAGAGAAGUUCGAGGUUUUCUGGGGAGAUUGAACUACAUCUCUCGGUUUAUCUCUCAGCUUACUUACAAAUGUGAUCCCAUAUUUAAGCUUCUCCGUAAGAAUAAUCCUGGGAAAUGGAACGAAGAAUGUCAAGAGGCAUUUGAUAAAAUUAAGCAGUAUUUAUCGAACCCUCCAAUAUUGGUGCCACCUGUUCCAGGAAGACCUUUAAUUCUGUACCUAACUGUAAAUGAAAAUUCAAUGGGAUGUGUGCUGGGGCAGCAAGAUGAAGCUAGCCGAAAGGAGAGAGCUACUUACUAUCUGAGUAAAAAGUUCACGGAAUAUGAAUCCAAGUAUUCUUCAUUGGAGAAAAUGUGUUGUGCAUUAGCGUGGACUGCCAAAAGACUCAGACAGUAUAUGCUUUAUCACACUACGUGGCUCAUAGCAAAAUUGGAUCCAAUUAAGUAUAUCUUCGAGAAGCCUUCUUUGUCAGGAAGAAUCGCUAGAUGGCAAGUAAUGCUCUCAGAAUAUGACAUUAUAUAUGUGAGCCAAAAAGCAAUAAAAGGAGGCGCUAUAGCAGAAUUUCUUGCAGAUCGUGCUACUGAAGAGUAUGAGCCGAUGAAGCUGGAAUUCCCUGACGAAGACUUAAUGACUAUUUCCCGACUGGAGGAAAGGGAGCAUAUGGAAAGAUGUUGGAGAAUGUACUUUGAUGGAGCUGCUAACGCCUUGGGGCAUGGAAUUGGGGCAAUUUUGAUUUCUCCAGAAGAACAAUACUAUCCUGUAACAGCGAGGUUAAAUUUUAAUUGCACAAAUAACAUCGCUGAGUAUGAGGCAUGUGUCAUGGGCCUGCAAGCUGCUAUAGAAAGAAGAGUGAAAGUACUGAAAGUAUUUGGAGACUCAGCUCUAGUCAUAUACCAGUUGAAAGGAGAAUGGGAGACGAGAGAUUCAAAACUCGUUCCGUAUCAUAAGUAUAUUCUAGAGCUGACAAAACAAUUUGAAGAUGUCCAGUUCGAUCACUUACCCCGGGAAGAGAAUGUGAUUGCUGAUGCAUUGGCUACUCUGGCCGCGAUGAUUCGAAUUAAUCAUAAUACGGACAUUCAGCCCAUCAAGUUAGAUGUUAAGGAUAUACCAGCGUAUUGUUCUAAUGUAGAGGGGGAAAGAGAUGGAAAACCCUGGUAUUAUGACAUCUUACAGUAUGUCAAGGAUCAGCAGUAUCCAGUUCAUGCAACAGAAAAUGAUAAAAGGGUCAUCCGAAGAUUGGCUAUGAGCUUUUUCCUGGAUGGGGAUGUCCUGUACAAAAGAAGUAAAGAUCAAGUAUUAUUGAGGUGUGUAGAUGAGACUGAAGCGAAGAAAAUCAUUAAAGAGGUGCAUGAGGGAAUAUGUGGGGCACAUGCUAGUGGACAUAUGAUGGCAAGACAGAUCAUGAGAGCGGGAUAUUACUGGUUGACGAUGGAGAAUGAUUGCAUCGACUAUGCUCGUAAAUGUCAUAAAUGCCAGAUAUAUGCUGAUAAGAUCCUUGCUCCACCAUCUGCUUUACAUGUUAUGGCACCAUCAUGGCCAUUUUCAAUGUGGGGCAUGGAUGUCAUUGGUCCAAUCACUCCAAAAGCUUCUAACCGGCACAGAUUCAUUUUUGUGAUGAUAGAUUACUUCACAAAGUGGGUGGAAGCAGCAUCAUAUGCAAAUGUGACACGCUCCGUGGUUUGCAAGUUCAUAAAGAAAGAGAUCAUUUGUAGAUAUGGACUUCCGGAGAGAAUUAUUUCAGACAAUGCCAAGAAUCUAAAUAGUAAGAUGAUGCAAGAAAUAUGUGCUCAAUACAAGAUCAAGCAUCAUAACUCGGCACCUUAUCGUCCGAAAAUGAAUGGGGCAGUUGAGGCAGCCAAUAAGAACAUAAAGAGGAUUCUGGAGAAGAUGACCGAGACUUACAAAGAUUGGCAUGAGAAGUUGCCAUUUGCCUUGCUUGCAUAUCGAACGUCAGUUCGCACCUCUACUGGGGCAACCCCAUUUUCUUUGGUUUAUGGGAUGGAAGCUGUACUACCAGUGGAAGUAGAGAUCCCCUCUUUGAGAGUCUUAAAAGAAGUUGAGUUGGAAGAGGCUGAAUGGAUUCGAGAACGUUAUGAGCAGUUAAAUUUCAUAGAAGAAAAGAGAUUGACUGCGUUGUGCCAUGGUCAGCUAUAUCAAAGAAGAAUGAUGAGGGCUCAUGAUAAGAAGAUUCGGCCCCGUUGCUUUCGAGAAGGAGAGUUGGUUUUGAAAAGAAUUCUCCCAAUCCAGCACGAUGGUAGAGGAAAAUGGACUCCGAAUUGGAAAGGGCCGUAUGUGGUAAAACGGGCUUUUUCGGGUGGAGCAUUGAUACUGACUGAGAUGGAUGGAAAUGAUUUACCCCAUUCUGUAAAUUCUGAUGCUGUGAAGAAAUACUAUGCUUGA